AUGGUGAAAUUCAUUAUACCAUGUUUAAUAAUACUACUAGUAGGUAGUUUACGAAAUGUUGUUCAUGCACAAGAUCAAACUUGUUCAAUUAAUAAUAAUGAGGCUUGCGUCAAAUUGAAUGAAAUUUUAUUACCUUGUGGUGGAACAUUUGGUCCUCCUCCUACUGACAACAUACAAAGUCAAGCUCCUUUUGAAUAUAAUGUGGCCGAAGAGCGCUUGGCAAUCUGCAUGUGUAAUGAAGAUGCAUAUAAUACACUAUCAACAUGUUUAUUAUGUUUUGGAAACAAAAACAUUAAAGCGACAAAGUUCACACAUUAUCAAAAAACUUGUCGAGAUUUUGGAAUAUCAUUUGGACCACCAAUAGAUAAGUCAUCUGCAUCUACGGCAAAGCAUAUUAUAAUAGGGGUAUUGGUAAGCAUAUCAUUAAUCUUACUCGGUGGAUUAUUAUUCUGGUAUUGGUACACAAAGAGAUCAAAAAGGUCUCGAAGAAAGAAAAAGAAUUCAUCAGAAAAUGAAAACACGAUUGAAAAUAAUUCUUCAACCCAACAAAUAAUGAUUCAUCAUCCUUCACCUGGAAGUGAAACGAUAAUUUCGGCAACUUCGUAUGAUGAUGAUAAUCAACAAAUGCCAAACGGAGGAUUACAACCUAAAUAUGAGCCUGGUGCUUAUUACACCUCAUCUUCUCCUCUACCUCAUACCGGUUUAUUCCCCCCUCCUGGUACAAUUCAACAACAACAAUAUUAUCCAUCAAAUGUUCCACCACGACCUCAAUACCUUCCCGCUAGACCGUAUUAUAAUAACACUACGCCACCACCUCCCGCAUCUUCACAACAAAAUUAUUUGCCUCCGCAACAACCUUUUCUACCACCUCAACAAAUUUAUCGACCCACACCUCCCCCAACUAGACCUCAUCCACGACCACCACAUUUUGAUUAUAAUCAUGACAGAGCAACUUCUCCUAAUUAUCAUCAAAGGGUACCUACUCCCCCUCGAAAUUAUUAUAAUAAUGAUAAUUAUUAUGGUCGUUGA